AUGGAACCACCACAAGAGCAAAUCAACGGCGCCGGAGACUGUUCGGUUUCUGGAUUCGACUCGGCGGAGAAAGUAAUUUUCCGAUGGGACGCGACGGCGUCAGAAGAAGCUAGAGAGAAGAUGAUAUUCAACGAUCCACAAGAAGUGAAGCUUUACCUUCACGCCGUCGAUGAAAUCCAACGGUUUGUAUCAUCCGGCGGAGAAAUCGAAACCCGAGCUAAUUCCGCUAUCCAGAUCGCUAUGGCUCGUCUCGAAGACGAGUUCCGGAAUAUCCUCGUCUCUCACAGCUCUCCGAUCAACUCUGAUUCUCUAAUGUCGUCUUCCUCUUCUUCUCAUCUGGAGGUUGAAGAAGACGGGAGUAGUAAUAAUGGUACUAACUGUAAUGAGGAAGAUGAGCAAGAGGAAGAAGAAGCGGAUCUUUUAAAACGAACCGGGUCGAGUUCCGGGUCGGUUCGAUUACCGACGGGAAGAGGUAGUUACAGUAGAUCUACUAGCAGUAUACGCGAGAUCGAGCUGAUUCCGAUCGAUGCGGUGGUUUAUCUGAGCUGGAUUGCUCGGCGUAUGGUCUCCGCUGGUUAUCUCCGUGAAUGUAUUCAAGUGUACGGAAGCGUACGCAAAUCCGCCGUCGAUUCGAGUUUCCGUCGAUUAGGGAUUGAGAAAUUAAGCAUCGGAGAUGUUCAGAGGCUAAACUGGGAAGCGUUAGAGCAGAAGAUCCGUCGAUGGAUCCGAGCAGCUAAGAUCUGUGUGCGAGUCGUCUUCGCGAGCGAGAAAUUGCUUUGCGAGCAUGUCUUUGAUAGCGUCGGAGCUGUCAAUAUUCACGAAGCUUGUUUCAUGGAAACCGUCAAAGGUCCGGCGAUUCAACUUUUCAACUUCGCGGAGGCGAUCAGUAUUAGCCGGAGAUCACCGGAGAAGCUCUUCAAAAUCCUUGAUCUACACGACGCUUUGAUUGAGCUUUUGCCAGAUAUCGAGUCUGUUUUCGAUCUGAAAUCUUCCGAUUCGAUUAGAGUUCAAGCGGCGGAGAUACUUUCGAGAUUGGCGGAAGCGGCGAGAGGGAUAUUAUCGGAAUUCGAAAACGCCGUUCUCCGUGAACCUUCUAGAGUUCCUGUUCCCGGAGGAACGAUACAUCCAUUGACGAGGUACGUUAUGAACUACAUCAGCUUGAUCUCUGAGUAUAGACCAACUUUAAUCGAUCUCAUCAUGUCGAAACCAUCGAGAAACGCCACCGAUACGAACUCACCGGAAAUCGAUUUCUCUGAGCUAGAGAACAAAGUUCCAUUAGCAUUACAUCUGAUCUGGAUCAUACUGAUCCUACAGUUCAAUCUGGAAGGAAAAUCAAAACAUUACAGAGACGCAGCAUUAUCUCAUCUUUUCAUCAUGAACAAUGUACACUACAUUGUACAGAAGAUCAAAGGAUCGCCGGAGCUACGAGAAAUGAUCGGAGAUCUUUACCUGAGAAAGCUAACGGGUAAGUUUAGGCAAGCCGCGACGUAUUACCAAAGAGCCGCUUGGGUUAAAGUCUUGUAUUGCUUAAGAGACGAAGGAUUACACACGAAAGGAAGUUUUUCUUCGGGUGUUUCGAAAAGCGCAUUGAGGGAGAGGUUCAAAUCUUUCAAUGCUUUGUUUGAGGAAGUUCAUAGGGUUCAAUCACAAUGGUUGGUACCAGAUUCUCAGCUGAGGGAAGAGUUGAAGAUAUCGAUAUUGGAGAAGCUUAGUCCGGCUUACAGAUCGUUUCUCGGGAGGUUCAGGAGCCACAUAGAGAGCGGGAAACACCCCGAGAAUUACAUUAAGAUCACAGUCGAAGAGCUAGAGACCGAAGUUCUUGACUUGUUCGAGGGGUUAUCUGCAACUCAGCAUUUGAGAAGACGAUCAGAGUGA